UAUCACAUCGUGUCAAGACUAUAGCUAAUAUUCUCAAGUUGAUGGAAUGCUUCGCGUUGGUCCACGGAUAAAACAUGGCGGAUGGAAGUAUUGUCAAAGAAGCAGCUCUGCGAUAUCAACGAAGGCGUCCUCGACCGCUGAUACCGCUCGUUCGAGAUGAAAGUAUGGAAGAGUCGGAGGGUAGUACAACACCGUUAACAUUGGAACAAAGAACAACAGAGAGCUUUACUACAGUACCUACCAUACAGACACUUAGGAGGCCUAAAUUUGUUGACAGACAGUUACAGUUUAGGAAUACAGCAUUCUGUUUACCAUUCAUUCAAUGCAAGUUCCAAACAAGAGAAGCGAAAGCUUUAAUCAACACAUGUGUGUUAUCGUCUAUCAUCAACAGAAGACUUUACCAAGAUUUAUUCUUCGAAGAAGCAUCAUUCCAACCAUACGACAUAGCCAGAGGUGUUCCAUUUGUAAUAAAUAACAGACUCAUCCAUUUUGACUUCAUUAUUCGCGGAGAUGUACCAGACUUAGUUCUUGGAUUGGAUUUCUUCACGCAACUAGAGUGUGCUCUGGACUUUGGAACGCGUCAAUUUAUAGUAAGACAGGAUCCACAGGUAUCAACGACACUUCUUUGUGAACGAGAACUGCCAUUGCGAUACAGAAACGUGCACAAUCUAUUAGCCUCGUUUUGAAUGUAUUCACGUUUUAUAAAAGUGACAUAAAUGAGGAAGAAUUUAGGAAGAAUCAGAACAUUGUGAUAUUUUGUCAAAUAACGAAAAGGUUUUGUAAAAAAGAAAACGAUUGAGUUUGAAAAUGUUUGUAAAUAGUAAAUGAUUCAUAAAGCGAAUGUCUCCCGAUCCGUAACACGAUGAUGAGUCGAGUGGUACCCCUCAAUUACCACCCCCUCCCCUAAAUCAAUCACUAUGGCAGAAUGAUCAUUGUAUUUUUAAACACUUACCCCUAUAUUUGGCACGAAUGACGAAAAAAACUGAUAGUGUGUCCCCUCUUUCUGUUAAUCUGUCACUUAUACCUUCAGUUCGUUGUCUAAAUGGUAAAUCAGGAGCGGAUCCAGGAUAUUUGAAAGGGUCGCGUAAUUCCGUAAGCCGGAUUAUAUACAUGGACGAUUUUAUGCUAAAAAAUCAUACAAAUCGUGAAAAAAAUGAUAUAAUUAUUUUUUUGGCAAUCAAAAGGAUGGCGUACGCACUCUACGCCCCCCUGGAUCCUCCACUGAUAUUGUGGAUGCAUUAUGUUUAUCUUUUUAAGAUUUAUCAAGAUGUUCGAAAAAACAUGCUUACUUUGUAAGCGAUUUAUUUAUUUUUUACGAAUUUAUGGCCUUUUUUUAUCAUUUAUAUAUAAUUAGUACUGUACAAUAGAAAGACAAAAAACAAGGAAAACAGGAAUAACUCCGACAUAAAAACAAAAUAUCCCGGUAUUCUGUGAAAAAAAAUAUUGAGGUCGUAAUUUCAAGACGCUACGAUUGUCCUUGAAAGUCAUUUUGUCCAACACAGAAUAUUAACUAACUUGAAAUAUGAUAAAAUAAGGAGAUUUGUACCAAAGACCAAAAGGACGAUAAUGAAUAAUUACGUACACAUAUAUAUAUUUUUAGUUGGUUAUUUUGUCAAUGUUAAUUUAGGUUUUAUAUUUUAAAUAAAUAUACUUGAGCUUACCACUGUACAUAAUAAAAAACUUGUUUUAAA